AAAACGGAGCGAGUAUGGCGCGCCUGUUCGGGUCCCGGCCACCCCCUAGCGAGGACCUGUUCUACGAGACCUACUACAGCCUGAGCCAGCAGUACCCGCUGCUGCUGCUGCUGCUGCUCAUCGUGCUGGGCGCUCUGCUGGCCCUCCUGGCGGUCGCCUGGGCCAGCGGCAGGGAUCUGACCUCAGACCCAGGCUUCCUGACCACCGUGCUGUGUGCUCUGGGCGGCUUCUCCCUGCUUCUGGGUCUGGCUUCCCGGGAGCAGAGGCUACAGCGCUGGACACGGCCCCUCUCUGGCUUCGUGUGGGUUUCACUGCUGGCACUUGGCCACAGUUUCUUGUUCACUGGGGGAGUGGUAAGCGCCUGGAACCAGGUGUCCUUCUUCCUCUUCAUCAUCUUCACUGUGUACUCUAUGCUGCCCUUGGGCAUGGGGGAUGCAAUUGCUGCAGGCCUCACCUCAUCACUCUCACACCUGCUGGUCCUCGGUCUCUACCUUGGGCUUCAACCUGACUCUCAGCCUGCGCUACUGCCACAGCUGGCUGCAAAUGCAGUACUGUUCCUGUGCGGGAACGUGGUGGGGGCAUAUCAUAAGGCGCUGAUGGAGCGCGCGCUGCGUGCCACCUUCCGGGAGGCGCUGACCUCGCUGCACUCUCGCCGUCGGCUGGACACAGAGAAGAAGCACCAGGAACACCUCCUCUUGUCAAUCCUUCCUGCCUACCUGGCCCGUGAGAUGAAGGCAGAGAUCAUGGCCCGGCUGCAGGCUGGACAGGGCUCGAGGCCAGAGAGUACCAACAACUUUCAUAGUCUCUAUGUUAAGAGGCACCAGGGAGUGAGUGUGCUGUAUGCGGACAUCGUGGGCUUCACGAGGCUGGCCAGUGAAUGCUCACCCAAGGAGUUGGUUCUCAUGCUCAACGAGCUCUUCGGCAAGUUUGACCAGAUCGCCAAGGAGCACGAAUGCAUGAGGAUUAAGAUCCUGGGAGACUGUUACUACUGCGUAUCAGGCCUACCCCACUCACUGCCAGAUCACGCCAUCAACUGCGUUCGCAUGGGGUUGGACAUGUGCAGGGCCAUCAGGAAGCUGCGGGCAGCCACUGGUGUGGAUAUCAACAUGCGUGUGGGUGUGCACUCUGGCAGCGUGCUCUGUGGAGUCAUAGGGCUGCAGAAGUGGCAGUAUGAUGUGUGGUCCCAUGAUGUCACACUGGCCAACCACAUGGAGGCAGGUGGAGUGCCAGGGAGAGUCCAUAUCACAGGGGCAACACUGGCCCUGCUCGCAGGGGCUUACAGUGUGGAGGCUGCAAACAUGGAACACCGGGACCCUUACCUCCGGGAACUGGGAGAGCCUACCUACCUGGUCAUCGAUCCCCGGGCUGAGGAAGAUGAAAAAGGCACCGGCUUGUUGUCCUCUCUGGAGGGCCCAAAUAUGCGCCCCUCCCUCCUGAUGACCCGCUACCUGGAGUCCUGGGGCGCAGCCAAGCCUUUCGCUGACCUGAACCACAUGGAGAGCCCUGUGGACACUUCUACCCCAAUCCCGGAGAAAACUCUGUCUUCCAUCAACACCCACUGGAGCUUGGACCGGAGCCGUACCCCCCGGGGACUCGAUGAUGAACUGGACACAGGAGAUGCCAAGUUCUUCCAGGUCAUCGAACAGCUCAACUCUCAGAAACAAUGGAAGCAGUCGAAGGACUUCAACCCACUGACGCUGUACUUUCGAGAAAAGAAGAUGGAAAAAGAGUACCGGCUCUCUGCACUCCCUGCCUUCAAGUACUAUGCAGCCUGCACCUUCCUGGUCUUUCUCUCCAACUUUGUCAUCCAGAUGCUGGUGACUAACAGGCCCCCAGCUCUGGCCAUCACCUACAGCAUCACUUUCCUCCUCUUCCUCCUCCUGCUCUUUGUCUGCUUCUCAGAGCACUUGACGAGGUGUGUCUUGAAAGGUCCCAAGAUGCUGCACUGGCUGCCCACACUCUCUAGCCUAGUGGCCACCCGACCAGGACUGCGAGUCGCCCUUGGCACGGCCACCAUCCUCCUGGUCUUCACUAUGGCCACCACCAGCCUGUUCUUCUUACCGGCAUCCUCUAGCUGUCCUUUCCAUAUCUCCAACAUGUCCUCCGUGGCCACCAACCUCUCAUGGGAGCUCCCUGGCUCCCUUCCUCUCAUCAGCAUUCCAUACUCUAUGCACUGCUGCGUGCUGGCUUUCCUCUCCUGCUCCCUCUUCCUGCACAUGAGUUUCGAGUUGAAGCUGCUGCUACUGCUGCUCGGGCUGGCAGCCUCCUGCUCACUCUUCCUGCACUCCCAUGCCUGGCUGUCAGACUGCCUCAUCGCCCGCCUCUACCAGGGCCCCCUGUACUCCAGGCCAGGGGUGCUGAAGGAGCCCAAACUGAUGGGCGCUAUCUCCUUUUUCAUCUUCUUCUUCACUCUCCUGUUCCUGGCCCGCCAGAACGAGUACUACUGCCGCCUGGACUUCCGGUGGAAGAAGAAGCUGCGGCAUGAGCAAGAGGAGACAGAAACAAUGGAGAACCUGACCAGGCUCCUCUUGGAGAAUGUCCUCCCAGCACACGUGGCACCCCAGUUUAUUGGCCAGAACCGGCGCAAUGAGGACCUCUACCACCAGUCCUAUGAGUGUGUGUGCGUGCUCUUUGCCUCGAUCCCCGACUUUAAAGAGUUCUACUCUGAAUCCAACAUCAACCAUGAGGGCCUCGAGUGUCUGCGGUUGCUCAAUGAGAUCAUUGCUGAUUUUGAUGAGCUGCUGUCCAAGCCCAAAUUCAGUGGUGUAGAAAAGAUUAAAACCAUUGGCAGCACCUACAUGGCAGCUACAGGCUUAAAUGCCACCUCGGGACAGGACGCCCAACAGGAUGCUGAGCGCAGCUGUAGCCACCUGGGCACCAUGGUGGAAUUCGCAGUAGCUCUGGGAACUAAGCUGGAGGUCAUCAACAAGCAUUCCUUCAACAACUUCCACCUGCGUGUGGGGCUAAAUCAUGGACCUGUAGUGGCCGGAGUGAUUGGGGCCCAGAAGCCACAAUAUGACAUCUGGGGUAACACAGUGAAUGUGGCCAGCCGCAUGGAGAGCACAGGAGUGCUGGACAAGAUUCAAGUGACUGAAGAGACAGCUCAGGCGCUACAAUCCUUAGGUUAUACCUGCUACAGACGAGGCAUCAUCAAGGUCAAGGGCAAAGGGCAACUCUGCACCUAUUUCCUGAACACAGACUUGAUACGAGUGGGUCCUUCCUCGGCUACCCUAGGCUGAGACUUCACCUCUCUGAGCAUCGCUAAGGAGACGGGUAUGACCAGGACCAGUUGAAGGCAGGAGGCGCUGUGAGGGCUGGGGAUCCCCUCCUCCCUGCCCCCACAAAAGACAACAUCUCCCCCAGGCUAAACAGAGUGUGUGAAAGUUUGAGCCUAUUUGAAUGCUGGGAAAGGGAUGAGUCUGUCACCAGCCAGGAAGAGGGUGGCCGCAGCCUUGCUGUUUGCUUGCCAGCCCCAUAUUGAUCACUUGUACACCUGGAAAGCAUAAAGAAAGU